UAAUAUAAAUAAAUUUUGAUACAUGGUAUUUCUAGGGAUAUGUUUUUAUGAUGGAAAUAAAUAUCUCAAUUUAUAAAGAUACGGUAACUAUUUUGAAAACAUCAUCUCUGAAUUUUAUCCUUUCAUUUAUUACAAAAAUAAUAGAGAUUACAAUAUAAAAAAGCCUUUCUACUAACGAAUUAGAAACGUGUGUUAUCCUACCAUAUAUUUAUGCCCUAUCAUUAAAUAGAACUUAUCAAGUUACCAAAUUAAUAUAUAAAAAUUAAUGUAACGAUUGUGUACUAUUUUAGUUACAAUGUAUAUUGGAAAUCAUUGUAAUUCAUAAAUAAUGAGAAUCAUAUUUCCAAAAAUAUUUAUUAUUCGUUCAAUACGAGAACAUACCUGUUUUGCGCAGCUCAGAGACGCCCUCUACUCUUAUCUGUAACUACGUAGCGGUUUACGUUCGUGUAUAUACGGUGGACAAAAUAUAUAACAGAGAAAAUAAAUGAUAACAUUAGAGGUUGAAGAGUAUACCGAAUACUCACAGAUGCUAGGUAUACUGCGUGGUGACAUUACGCGCUUGCGCAGACGAAACAUGCGCAGUCGAAGCAUGCGCGAGCCGACUGGGACCAACGCCGGACCAACGGACCAACGCGCAGUACUAACAAAAACUCGUCACGCUAAGGGCAGUUCGGAAGAAUCUAAAAACAUGUCUGAACAUAAGGAUGAUGCGAAAAAGGAAAAGAAACCAAAUGAGGAAUCAGUACAAAGUUCUUCAGAACAAGAAGAGGUAGAAGAAGAGUCUGAGAUGGAAAAAGUUCGUAGAUAUCUAGCACAGAAGUUAAGACUUUUUGAUUCAUCAGAUUAUAGCGAGCAAUCACAACAAAAGGUGCUUCGAGAAGUUAACUUAGAUGGAAUAAUAGAAUAUAUAAAGGAAAAUGAAAACUGCAAAAUUGUUACUAUGGCUGGAGCUGGUAUUUCCACGUCUGCAGGAAUUCCUGAUUUCCGUUCACCGUCAAGUGGACUAUAUCAUAAUUUAGAGAAGUACAAUUUGCCUCAUCCUCAAGCUAUUUUUGAAUUGGAUUUUUUUAUGGAAAAUCCAGAACCUUUUUUCGCUCUUGCGCGGGAACUUUUACCCGAAGGUUUUAAACCUACACCGUGUCAUUACUUUAUUCGUCUAUUGUGGGAGAAGGGAUUGCUUUUGAGACAUUAUACACAAAAUAUUGAUACUUUAGAGAGAAUGGCUGGUUUACCACCUGAAAAAUUAGUAGAAGCCCAUGGAACAUUCCAUACUGGUAGAUGCCUUCAAUGUAGAGCACCGUACACUCUUCCAUGGAUGAAAAGUAAAAAAAUCAUUGAAGGUGUUGUACCGAAAUGUGAAGAAUGUAACGAGGGUGUAGUAAAACCUGACAUAGUUUUCUUUGGAGAAUUGUUACCUGAACGUUUUCAUUAUCUCGCCGAUAGGGAUUUUGCAGAAGCAGAUCUUUUAAUAAUCAUGGGAUCGAGUUUGGUCGUUCAUCCUUUUGCAUCUUUGGUAGAUAGGGUUCGACCAAAUUGUCCACGUUUACUGAUCAAUAAAGAAAAAGUGGGCAUGCAAGACCGCUUGUCACGACUUCUAGGAUUGCGGCAAGGCUUAAUCUUUGAUUCACGCACCGGUCGCGAUGUUGCCUGGUUAGGUGACUGUGAUACCGGUUGUCAAUUAUUAGCUGAAAAGUUGGGUUGGGAUGAGGAAUUGAAGGAUCUUAUUAAAAAAGAACAUGAACGUUUGGAAGCAGAAAAUACUAGCCAAGAUUGAUUGCAUUAACCGUGUUAUUGUAAUAUAAAUUUAGCUUUUUACAAUAAUUAUGACUUAGUUUUGCUGCUACUUUUUAUAAAGAAAGAACAGGUAAUAUUUUCAUUACAAAAUCGUUACAAUGUCAAAAAUUAGUAAUUGACGUUAUAUUCAUAUUGCGAAUAUAUUUUGUUGUUGAUAAUAUUGAAGUAGCAUAAUCAUUGCUCAAGGAUGUGUAAAUAGUUUAUUUCAUAAUAUAGUAUACGGUGAUGAUGUAAUUGCAAGAAAGGUGUGAUUUUGGACAGUUGAAUCACGUGUACAAAUAAAACAGAGUAAAAUGUAA